UCGGCGACAAAAUAUAUUCAAAAAUAUUCAAUAGAAAUAUCUAACAUGGAGUUCUCUACAUGGAAAUAGGAAUGUUUUCAUGUACAUACGUUAGCUAUCGUGGACGGGAGAAAUACAUGUCGCCGACUGUAUUUUACAAUUCACAUAUUACUAUUUAUUGUCGUAACCUAUUUAUGUUUUUAUCUUUAUUAAAAAUAAUAAAGGUACAUACAAGGCGUUGGUUUAAACCAAUGUAGCCAAUGUUUUACAUAAGACAUAACUUAUGUGAUAUAAAGCGCACGAGGCCCUCUGUGAGACAAUGUUCAAAUAAAAAAAAGAGAUAAAAAGAAAAGGAAUCAUUAUUAAUUUACAAUACAUACUGAUCAAACUCUUUUUCAAAUGAGAUACAUGAUGAAUAUUUAACACUUAUAGACAAACCAAUAUGCUAUCAACCGAUGCCAAGCCUGAUCCACCUCGAAUAAAUCAAUCUUGCCAAAACGGCACUGAAAGAACAUUUUGUAAAUCCCGUGAUGAACUUUAUGAUAAUCAAUCCAAUCACUCAAAAAAGCAAAAAGAAAACAAAAAGCUAAAAACGAAGAGUUCCGAAAAUGUAGUUAAUUAUAAUAUUAAUUACUCUAACCAUAUAAGUAUUGGAACAACAAAUACUUAUAUUUGUAAUAUAAAUCAGAUAUGUGAAACUAACCAACUACAAAAUAAAACCAAUAAUGAAUGUGCCAUAUUGGAGAUGCCUCAUAAUGUCAAAAAGUUAAGUUUUUCUGAGCAACAGCUUACUGCCAAAAAUAUGUUUUUUAUUAAAACUCAUUUGGGAUAUGGCUGGAGAAAAUUUUUUAAAUCCUUAGGAUAUACUAAUGGGCAGUUAGAUCAAUUUGUAGAAAACUAUCGAAUAAAAGGAAUCGAUGAGGUCAUUUAUCAACUUCUUCUGGACUGGAAAUGUUUAAAUGGCAAAAAUUCUUCAGUUGGAACUAUUGUUAAUCACUUAUGGAAAUGUCAACAAUAUGAAUGCGCACAAAUUUUUGCUUCUAGUUUAUAGAUUUUCUUAUUUAUAUUAAAUAAGUUUUUUUUUUCCACUUUAAGAUAACGAACGCUUUAGAGGAAACUUAAAGCUAGGCUGUAUGUUCAAUGGAUUUUCAGAAAUUUUAUUAUUCUCCUUAUGUCUGUAAUAAGUCUAGAAAUUAAGUUUCUGGAAACGAACAUAUGACUAAUUACUGCGGAAGCUUUAUAUUUUCCGAUUUCAAAAUUUUUUUAAAAAGUGUUCAUAAAAAUUAAAUUUCUGAAAAUAUAUUUUCUACUGUUCACCUUUGAAGAGGAUUUUUGCUUAAGAUAUAUUUUUUAUUGAUAUUUAUAAUAUUGAAAACCAAUCAUUAUUAUGAGUACGGAUUUAAGGAAUCUGGCAAAUUCAGAAAACGUUAUUUCAGUUGACACAUUAGUAAGGGAAAAAUAAAUUAAUAGUUUACCAGUG